AAUAGCGUCCUGCGACCUCGCCUGUCCAUAGAUAUCAGAACAGAUCAUCAUGUCGGCAGAUUCACAAUACGCUGGUUAUGGCGCCACCCAACAGUCGUAUGGGUAUGGAGGCACUGCUGGAUAUCAACAACCUGCUGCUCAACCUGUAGCUAGCACUGGUUACCAACAACCAGCUGCACAGUAUGGAACGCCUGGAUAUGGUCAAACAGCAGCGGCUCCUGCUCCAGCAGCAGCCGUAGCAGCAGCACCCCAGGCCUCUACCGCUGGCUAUGACUACUCUCAACAACAGAGUCAGCCACAAGGUCAGCAGUCUUACUCAACCAGCACAUACAGUCAACCAGCCGCACAGCAGCAACCACAAGCAUAUUCAGCUGGUUUCAGCCAGCAGGCCGCUGCUAGCACGCCCAGCACAGGGUACGCCCAGCCUCCUGCAGCUCAGCCAUCAUACAGCCAGCCAGCUGCAGCAGCCCCGUCAAACUACAGCCAACCCCCUGCCCAGCCGCAGCAAUCCCAGGGCUACCAGCAGCAGCCGCCGCCUCAGCAGAGUCAACCAGGAGGCUACAACCAAGGUCAGUCCGCUGGUGGUGGUGGUAGUGGUGGUGGGGGUUACUCACAAGGUGGACAACCACCAAGUAGCGGCGGGGGAUACCAGAGUGGUGGGGGUGGACAGUAUGGCCAAGACCAGCGACAAGGAGGCUACCAGCACCCGAGCUCUGGAGGCUACAGUCAACCACAAAGCCAGCAGUCAGGUGGUGGUGGUGGAGGUGGUGGCUAUCAACAAGGCAGUGGACAAGGAAGUGGAUAUCAGCAAGGUGGAGGGUACAACCAGCGACCUGGAGGGCCUGGGCCACAGGGAGGUGGGGGAGGAUACAGACCCCCUCCCCAGGGUGGACCGAGUGGCGGUGGAGGAGGAGGAGGAGGAUACAACCGAGGAGGUCGUGAUGAUGGAGGCCGUGGGGGCAGUGGUUUCGGGGGAGGACGAGGAGGAGGAGGAGGAGGGGGUCGUGAUGGAGGAUUCGGUGAUCGUGGUGGCGGAAGGGGUGGAUUCAAUAAGUACGGUGGUGAUGGCGGUGGUGGUGGAGGAGGAGGCGGCGGUGGAUUCGGCCGCGACUCUGACAAUGGAUACAACAAAGGAGGUGGAGAGAUGGAAGUACAACACGAUACCAUAUUCAUCAGUGGAAUGCUGCCAAACAGUGUCGAUGAAGACAAGAUCAAGGAACACUUUGGACAGAUCGGUGUUGUCAAGCUUGAUAAGAGGACAAACAAGGAUAGGAUCUGGAUCUAUAAGAACAAGCAAACACAUGAACCUACAGGAGAGGCUACAGUGACGUAUGAAGACCCUCAUACAGCUACAUCAGCUAUUGAUUGGUUUAAUGGCAAGCCCUUCAAUGGCGCUACCAUCAAGGUAGAACUAGCCCAGCGUCCAGCCAACCGACUCGGUGGUGGUCGCGGCGGUCGUGGAGGUGGUGGAAGGGGCUUUGAUAGGGGUGGUGAUAGGGGCGGUCGUGGAGGGCGUGGCAUGGACAGGGGUGGCCGAGGUGGUGGUGGACGUGGAGGUGGACGCGGAGGACCUGGUGGCGGUGGCUCAUUCCGUGAAGGAGAUUGGGAAUGCUCCUCGUGUGGUAACAAGAACUUUGGAUGGAGACAGAACUGUAACAGAUGCUCAGAAGCAAAGGAAGGAGGUGAUGGUGGACCCGACAUGGGUGGCGGCAUGAGGGGAGGCCGUGGAGGUGGAUUCCGUGGUCGUGGUGGUGAUCGUGGAGGUGAUCGUGGACGUGGAGGCUUCGGUGAUCGCGGUGGUGGUCGUGGAGGUUUUGGAGGAGGACGAGGUGGUGGAUUCCGUGGUGGGCGUGGCGGUCCCGGAGGACCAGGUGGACCCGGUGGUCCAGGAGGGUUUAAGAUGGGUGGAGAUAGGAUGGGCGGAGAUAGGCGAGAUAGAAGGGAUAGGCCUUAUUAGAUUCAGCAAGGUUUUAGAUGUAUACAGACGCACACCAACCAGACAAACGAUCGUUGUCAUGAUUUAAUGGAUAGAAAUUAACUUUUAAUCUCACAUGGACUUGUCAACUGGCCAGUGUUGCGUGAGUUCACUAACUCUUUUGAUAUCAGGAGGUUUAUGUUGAGGCUGUAAAUAUUCUUAUUUGUGUAGCUUCAUUAUCUCAAAGUUAAACUGAUGUAUUCUUGAUGUAAAUCAGUGAUUUAGAAUCGGUCUGUGCAAGGGGAAUUUUAAUCAUGGUCUAUUACCAGGAAAGUUUAAUCAAGUUUUUGUUAAUGUAAGGCUGAUCACACAUGCACAUAGAUAUUGGCACUGACCAAACAAAACCAUUCUGAGUUCUGUGCUAAACAAUUGAACAGAUAUCUGGAGAAAUGACCCACUUUAUAUGCAUUGUGCUUUUUGUUUAACUCCCUGUUAUCAAAUAUUGUACUAGUGUUUUUUUAUAAAUGAGGUGAAUGCUUUGAAUGUUGGUAAUUUAUAAGAAAGCUUUUCUCUUGCAUGAGCAACACACAACCUGGAUAAAGUUAAUUGAAUAAUUUUAAGUGCAAAUUAUUUGGAAUGGGUAAAGUAAGCAAACUUUCUUCAAAUUUCCAAAACAAGAAUGGCCCACAUUUUAAUUAUUGCCACAAUAAAGUGCUGACUUUUUAUCAACUUCUUUUUGGUUAAUUUUCAUUUCAUUAUAUCAUCUGUUGAGCCUUGUAUAAGUAUUUCAUGUCUAUAUUGUAAGUAUACUGUAGUGGCUUUUCUGCCUAUUUUUAAUGCUAUGUCUUUGUCAUUGUUGUAAAAUAGAAUAAAAAGGUGAUGUUCCUGGAAAAAAAA